UUGGAUGCUGUAUAUUACAAACCAUCUCAAGAAGAAAUUCUUGCAACAAGAACUGAUGUUAUUCCAGUAAAUACUAGAAAGGCCAUCGACAAGUGGGUUCAAAUUUUAAAAAAUUGGCGUCAAACAGUCGGUUAUAAUUAUGGAAUUGAAGAAAUCAAUAGCAAAGACCAAUUAGAAACGGAGAUGAUAGAAUUUAUAUUAGGAAUACGACAAGUUAAAAAUUCAGCCGAAUAUGCCCCUUCUUCUCUUAUUAAUUGUAUAAACUUAUUAAGUUUAUACCUUCUUAACCACUCUGAUGGAAAUCGUCAAUUUACUUUAUCAAAUAAGAAAAAAUUUAGAUUAUUAUGGUCUACAUUAAAUGGAAAGUUAAAAAAAUUAAAAAAAUCUAGAAAUAUUGUUAAGCAUCAUGACAAUUUAACGGAUGAAGAA